AUGGCAAAUAGUAUUGGUAGGUGCUUACGUGAGCGGGGGUUAAAUAAGAUCUUCACUGUCACAGUUGAUAAUGCAAGCUCAAAUGACGUGACAACAAAAGAAUUGUCUAAGCAAUUAACAAAAAUGAGAACUAAUUUGAUGAAUGGUACUCACCUUCACGUGAGAUGUAUGGCUCACAUCAUGAAUCUUGUAGUCCAGGAUGGUUUUAAAGAAUCUUCAGUGUCUAUUGAACGUGUUAGGCAUGCAGUGAGAUAUGUUGGGCAGUCUCCUGCGAGGUUGAAGAGGUUUCAAGAAUGUUUUGAUGAUGAACAACUCAAUUGUAAAAAAACUUUAUGCUUAGAUGUUCCAACUAGGUGGAAUUCCACCUACUUGAUGUUGCGCAGGGCUGUUGAAUUUGAAAGUGCAUUUUCACAUUAUGCUUCUAGUGAAAUUGGCUUGAGACAUUAUCUUGAGCAUUCUUAUAUUGAAGUUGGAAUUCCUACAGGUGAGCUUUUGAGUAGUGAUUGGGAGAAUGUAAACAGAAUUACAAAGUUUCUUGAAAUCUUCUAUCUUCUUACUUUGAAAAUAUCUGGAUCACGUUAUGUUACAUCAAAUACACAUUUUCUUGAAAUUUGCGCAGUUGCUGUUUAUUUGAAGCAAUUGAUAGCAAAUAAAGAUACAGUUUUAAGUGAAAUGGCAAAGAAUAUGAAAGAAAAGUUUGAUAAGUAUUGGGGUGAUACAGGGAAAAUGAACAAGAUAAUUUUUACCUCAUGUAUUUUGGAUCCACGUUACAAGCUCGAAUCAGUUGGCUAUGCAUUUGUAAAGAUGUUUGGUGUAGAUCCGGGGGCAACUAUACAAGCAAAAGUGACGAAGUACAUGAUUUCAUUAUUUAGUGAGUAUGUAAAUUCCAGCUCAAAAGGUGUCGUGCUUUCUUCAUCUUCAGAUUGUUCUUCAUUGGACACUUCGACUUCCGGGCUUUCUGGCAGUCAACCAAGCACCCAAAAUAUAAGACUUUUAGAAUCACUUAUGCAAGAUAUAAAAAAAUAUAAAAGUGUGAGUGGAGGUGUAGAUACUAGAACAAAGUUAGAUAAAUAUUUAGGUGAAGAAACUGAGGAUGACACUAAAGAAUUUGAUGUUCUUCUUUGGUGGAAAUUGAACUCAGCUAAAUUUUCUAUUCUUGCGGAAAUGGCUCGUGAUAUAUUAGUUGUUCCGAUUUCAAGUGUGGCAUCCGAAUGUGCGUUUAGUACGGGAGGACGUCUUCUUGAUUCAAUUAGGAGUUCAUUAUCUCCUAAAUUGGUGCAAGCUCUAGUGUGUCUUCAAGAUUGGCUUCGAAAUGAAAAAUUAAAACAACCUGUUAGUGUUGAGGAAGUUCUUGAUAAAAUCUAG